AUGGGAACCAACGGCACGCCCUCGACGGGCUCGCCCACGGUCCGCCGCCCUCCGACGACCAAGGUUUCCCCUACAGAGGAUACUCGCAAGAUUUCCUCUUCUAGAGAGGACGCGACUGUCAAGGCUCUCGCACAUCUUUGCGUCACUAAUGAUGAUCUUGCAUCUGUCCACAAUCAGAAGCAGUCGGCCAUCUCCAACAAGGAGAAUCGAAGCAUUGUGACCGAGCUAGAUGAGGAGCCCAAUCCCUUGGUUGACGGCUUGCUCAAGCACAUCAAAAACAACAGCGAAACCCGCCACCCUAUGCCCCGCAAGCCCAUUGGUUUCAUGACUGCCAAUGACGCUGGUACUAAUUCACUGCCCCCAACGCCCGCCGUCGAGAAUAUUUCAACUGCUGCUGCCAACGUUCGACCUGCCAGCACCAAUGCCAAGGACAAUCUUGUUAUAGAUGAUGAGGUUGCCCGUCUCCAGCAGCAGCUAGCAGCCGCUCAAAGCAAGAUCUUCCAGCUUGAGGGAACAAGCCAGAUCCGAGACUCCAACAUUGGCAAUAUGCGGGCUUCGCCUCUCGAGUCCAAAUACGAGGAUGGCGCUUCCAGACUUUCCGACACUGGUGCUUUGCAACUUGUCAACAGCAGCUCUUGGCCCGGAUUCGAUGAAAACAGAUCCGAAAACAGCGAGACGCUCUCUGCGAACGGCUUCACUCGCACACGUCACAUUUGGAACGGUGCCAAGCCUAACCAGCCGUUAGGAGGAGGUAUGUCUGGAACCGAGAUCCCAGGCACUGCCAACCCCUGGGCUUCUCGAGGAGGCAACUCGAUGUUGGUUGAAUCAGGUAUGCCCUACCACCCUGCUUCAGGUUCGGAGCCCUACAGAGCUUCUGAUCGUGUUUCUCCCGAUUACGACAUGGCCAUUCGGGGCCCCAACAACCGUCGCAGUGGUCGCUUUGAUCGUUUUGGUGGCUUCUCGGCUUACGGAAAUCAAGGUCCAUAUGGUGGAGGCAGUAACUACAACAAUCAGUAUGGCCAAGGUCCCUUUGAAGGCGGACCAAACCAGAAUGGCCAAUACGCCAUCACUGCAGCGCCUUUCCCCAACCAUCAGCCCGGCGCCAUUGGUACUGCCUUGUCCCCGCUGGCUACUGAGUUCACUUCUGGAAAUGGCCACUGGAAGCAGGAGCCCACAGUCUCGGAAGGUCCUACCUAUCUGCCUACUACUGAGCCCCUGAACUACCGUCGCCUACUUGAUCGCAAUGUCAAUUGCAACUGGAAGUACAUUGUUGACAAGAUUGUCUGCAAUAACGAUCAACAAGCAUCCAUCUUUCUCCAGCAGAAGCUUAAGGUUGGUACGCCCGACCAAAAGUACGAGAUUGUAGAUGCAAUAAUCCUCCAAUCCCAUCCCUUGAUGGUCAACCGCUUUGGCAACUUUCUUGUCCAGCGUUGCUUUGAGCACGGCACUCCAGAACAGGUGAUCAAGAUUGCCGAGUCCAUCCGUGGAAACACUCUAAGUCUUUCUAUGGAUCCCUUUGGCUGUCAUGUGGUUCAAAAGGCAUUCGACUCGGUCCCCGAGGACUACAAGGCCGUUAUGGUCCACGAGCUUCUUCGCCGCAUUCCCGAGACUAUCAUUCAUCGGUAUGCCUGCCACGUCUGGCAGAAGCUGUUUGAGCUUCGUUGGUCAGAGUCCCCGCCGCAGAUCAUGAAGUACGUCAAUGAGUCUCUGCGUGGCAUGUGGCACGAGGUUGCUCUCGGAGAGACUGGCAGUCUGGUUGUUCAAAACAUUUUUGAGAACUGCCUCGAGGAUGACAAGCGCCCGUGCAUUGAGGAGGUUCUUGCCAACAUUGACAUUGUCGCCCACGGCCAAUUCGGCAAUUGGUGUAUUCAGCACAUCUGUGAGCAUGGCGCUCCCGCCGAUCGCAGUCGUGCCAUUGAUCACGUUAUCCGAUAUGCCGCAGAGUAUAGUAUGGACCAGUACGCUUCCAAGGUAGUCGAGAAGUGUCUGAAGAUUGGAGGUGGUGAUUUCCUGGGCCGCUACCUUGACCGUGUUUGCGAGGGACGAGUCGACCGACCCCGUAUCCCCCUGAUCGACAUCGCCAGCGAUCAGUAUGGCAACUACUUGAUCCAGUGGGUCCUCACCCAGGGAAACCCUCAGCAUCGCGAGAUUGUUGCUGCUCACAUUCGCAAACACAUGGUGUCGCUUCGCGGAUCCAAGUUUGGAUCUCGUGUCGGCAUGUUGUGUACCAACCCUGCCAUCGCAACUCGUCCCGGUCCCGGUAUCAAUCCCAACCUUGGACGCCUGCCUGGACCUCGAUAUGGCCGCCCUUAUCCUUAG